AUGGGCAAGUCCAUUCGCUCCAAGAUCAAGAAGCGGCUGCGAACCGUCAAGAGGCAGCGAGUUGAUGCCAUGAUUGUGACGCCUCGUGAAAAGGAAAAGCACGAAAAACUGGUGCAAACAGCACAGGGGCGGAGCGUGACUCGGCUAACGCCGAAGAAUGCAUUCAAAUACCCAGAAAGUGAAGAUGCCGUGUUUCCACAGCAUGAGAUCAUGAAGCCUGUGGAUUUCAGGGCACAGAAUUUGCCGAUGGCUGGCACGGUUUUCCGGGGAAACCGAAGAAAGUACUCAGAUGAAGAGAAGGCCAUGUUGAGCAAAAUCAUCAAAGAAAACCAUCCCAAGAUGGAAGUCUUAGCUGGAGGUGGUGCCAUCCUGGCCAAGACGGGUGAGAAAGUCUCUGUGGAGGAGGCUGAGUUGAUUGCCACCAAGGUGAAUCGACCCGAAACGGUCAUUGAGCCGCCACGUUCUAAGGAUGCUGAGGCAGAGAUGGAGGACGUUUCCCCAGUUGCGGAAGCCGAGGCCAUCGAACCCGAAGAUGCUGCAGAUGUGUCGCGCCGCCCCGUGGUGAAGGACACCCGGCGUGCCAAGCGCACGGCCGAACGGAGACCACGGCCCAACUCGGUGAAAAAGGCCAGAAAUCCCCAGGCGACAAAACCCAAAGGUGCCAAGGUGGAAGGAUAUUGCCGGACAGCUGGUCUCAAGGAAGUCAGUGCUGAGGUGAUCUUCCAGUCCAAGCCAGAUCCUCUUGUCCUUUUUCCAGCACCCAAGACGACAGACUUGGAGCCUCAUGCUGGUCCCGUCACUGUGGCAGCGUUUUCGCCAUUCCAUCGGAAGCUCAUGUUGACCGGCUCCGUUGACGGCUCUGUCAAGCUCUUUGACGUUCUUCAGCAGCGGGCCAUCCAGACGUUUUUUCCACCUUCGAAGUGUCUUUCGACGUGCGCGGUUUCCGCAGCUGCGUGGUCCUCCGCAAGGCCUUGCGUCUUUGCGGUUGCCAUGGAGAUGGGAGGCGUCUACAUCUACGAUCUCCUGCAGAGCCGACAGGAGCCGGUGCUUGAGCUGCCGCUGACCGGCGCUGGGUCGCAGAGGGCAACGAGCUUGGCCUUCAACCCCAAGCAGCGUGGCCUCCUGGGGGUUGGUGACGAUAGUGGCCGAGUUCGAGUCUUCAGAUUGCCAUUCCGACUUUCUGAACAACAGAAGAUGGAGGUGGCUUUCAUCGCUCAGCUCUUGGGUGAUCGAUCGGGGCGCGAUGGCAAAGGUUUCUUGUCAUGGCUUGCAUGGCAACAGGAUGAAGACAGCCGCUGUAGAAAGCUUGCGGCAGAGUCGCUGGGUAAGGUACAGAUCGUCCUGGCAGCGGAACCAAUGGGUGAUCUUUCAGACUUUGCAAGCAACAUCCAUGGGCACAUUGGCGAAGUUGCGGUUGAGCCCGUCACUGCAAACGCCAGAAACACGCAGCAGGGCCAGCAAGGGGCCGAAGACAAAUCCAUGGGGCACAAGGAUGUCUACAGAGUGGAGCGAAAAGAUGGAUGGUCUGGAGUGUCUGACAGAUCUGACAGUCUUACUGAGAUUCUGAAGCGCGGAGAACUUCGACACAGCAGGCUACUGAAGAUGGCAGGAAGUGGAUAUACUGUGGAUGAGACAAGCAAGCGAUCAAGAGAGGCGUCGGAGCAGUGCCUGCGACAAUCCAUCCAGCAGCUGAAAGCAAAUCAGCAGAGAGAGUCGAAUCGAAGGAGCCAGGUUUCAAAGGACAGGUUGGGAGGUGACCUCACUCACAGUGGCAAGUCAUCGCGCACUUCGCUCCAUUUCGGAAAACGACAUCAUGCUGUAUUGUCAGAAGCUCGAGAUUUGUUGGCAUUGCACCUUGUAAUGCAUGCCUGGAAGAGCCUAACGCAGAUGCCCAGCGGAAUCAUUCCCCGGCAUGUUGAAGUUCUGGCAUCACGUGCUUGCAGCCUCGCUCGGCAGUGGCAGCUUGCUCUGGAGGUCGGCUGA